AUGGCGGGAAACGCUUACGUCCUGGGGGUUGGCAUGAGUGCCUUCCUCAAACCGCGGAAGGUGCGUGCAUACACUGAGCUCGCCUUUGAAGCCGGCGUCAAGGCCAUGCUAGACGCCCAUGUGACCUACGACGACGUCGAGGCCGGCGUCGCCUGCUUCUGCACAUUGCCGAGCUGCAGUGGACAACGGUCAUUCUAUCAGUUCGGCAUGUCGGAUAUCCCCAUCUACAACACGAACAACGCAUGUGCUACUGGCUCGACUGGACUACAUAUGGCGCGGAACUUUGUGAGGGGCGGUGUCUACGACUGUGUUCUCGUCAUAGGCUUCGAGCAGAUGAAGCCUGGUGCUCUUGGUGGCGGCCCUGUAGAUGGUCCAACGCCACAAGAUCUCAGUCUGAAGUUGAUGAACAAGACUAGAGGAGAAGCCAAUUCACCGAAAAACCCGCAGAUGUUCGGAAACGCUGGUCGAGAGUAUAUGGAGAAGUAUGGCGCCUCUGCAGAAGACUUUGGAGAGAUUGCCCGGAUCUCGCACGAACACUCGUCGCGCAACCCCUACGCACAAUUCCGAGACGUCUACACCCUCAAACAGAUUAUGGACUCCCCCAUGAUCCAUUAUCCGAUAACCAAGCUCCAAUGCUCGCCAACGUCAGACGGGGCGGCCGCCGCCGUAGUUGUGUCACAGCGAUUCCUCGACCUCCGACCCGAGCUCAAAUCACACGCUAUCCUCAUCGCGGGACAAGCCCUCAGAACCGACACGCCCAAUCUGUACUCUGGUAGCGCGAUGGAGCUGGUCGGCUUUAGCACUACAGGACGCGCCGUUAAGGCAGCGUAUGCCGAAGCUGGCAUUGGCCCCAAGGACGUCAAAGUGUGCGAGUUGCACGACUGCUUCUCCGCCAACGAGCUGAUCACGCUGGAAGGACUAGGCUUCUGCGACGAAGGAAAGGCGCACCUGAUGGUCCGGAACGGCGACAUAACCUACGGGGGCAAGGGCCCGAUUAUCAAUCCUUCCGGGGGACUGAUCUCAAAGGGCCACCCUCUGGGCGCCACGGGGCUGGCACAGUGCGCUGAACUGACCUGGCAACUUCGCGGAUGGGCCAACAACGGCCGCCUGGUCAAAAACACCAAGUACGCCCUGCAACACAACCUGGGCCUCGGAGGCGCCUGCGUCGUUACCGUGUACACUCGAGCAGACGGCAAAGUCAACACCGACCGUGCCGUACCGGACGAGGAGGCUGCCCGGCUCAGCGGCCUCGGCUACAACCCUGCUGUCGAGGCCAAGUGGGUAACGCCAGCGCAGGCGAAGAAGGUCCGAAGCAAGAAAGCGGAUUGUGACUAUGCGCUGGGCGAGACCGUGAGCAAGCUCGAGAGUGUCAGGUUGUAG